AGACAGGGCUGAUCACCAUUAACUCGCUCAGACAGUCCCAGAGUGGGGAAGACUGGAGAUAGAGCUCAAAGGAUUCCGGGGACUGGCUCAAACAGUCCACAACCAACGCUUUGGGAAAUAAAGAGCCCCAUUAUUCAGGAGGAUUUAUACCUUGGCUAGAGCGGCUUGAAUUCAGGCUUGCAGAACUGACAGAUCAGUACCACAUUAGCAACCAUCGCUAUGGUGAGACUAACGUUUGUAACUACAAGCAUUGCUGUAUUUGUGGCUAUUCAGACAUUUGCUUUAAUCGUCAUCUACUCCAGACAAAAAGUUCAAAUAUCUGUGUCUGAUAACCAGAAUAACAAGGUUCACAUUCUCAUUCUUUCUUCCUGGAGGUCAGGUUCUUCUUUUGUGGGGCAAAUAUUUAGUCAGCACCCUGAUGUUUUUUACUUAAUGGAGCCUGCCUGGCACGUGUGGGUAAAUAUGUAUCAAAACAAUGCAAAGGUCUUGCAAAUGGCCGUUCGAGACCUCAUACGAUCUACAUUCUUGUGUGAUAUGUCAGUAUUUAAUGCCUACAUGGGUGAAAACAAACGUGUGUCUGAUUUGUUCCAAUGGGAAGUCAGCAGAGCUCUCUGCUCACCCCCUACAUGUGACUAUUAUAAAAGAACAGAUCUCAGCAAUGAUGAAACAUGUAAGAAACAUUGCAAUAUGUCCAAAUUUUUUAAAAUGGAAGAAGCAUGCAAAACGUAUAAUUAUAUUGUUGUCAAAGAAGUGAGAUUUUUUGAGUUAAUGCCACUGUUUCCUCUUCUCGUCGAUCCCUCACUGAACCUCAAAAUCAUCCACCUUGUUAGAGACCCUAGGGCUGUCAUGAAGUCUCGUGGUAAAUCAUUACCUGCACUAAUGCGAGACAAUGGAAUUGUUAUGGGUGCUAAUGGUAAACCCAUUGAAAAAGACAAAGCUGAAGCAUCAAAUUAUGAAGUCAUGAAAGAAGUUUGCAGAAGUCACAUACAGAUCCAUGAGGCAGCAACCAAGCAAGCUCCAGACUUUCUAAAACAACGCUACAUGAUGGUGAGGUAUGAAGAUCUAGUAAGAGAUCCACUGAAUGAGAUUUCAACAAUGUAUAAAUUUACGGGUUUAACUUUUACUCCAAAACUUAGGUCUUGGAUAUAUAACAUCACACAUGGAGAAGGAGCUGGAUCAGCAUUCAAAAUAACAUCUCGGAAUGCUAGAAGCAUAUCACAGGCAUGGAGGACUGAGGUGCCAUUUGAAAAGGUUUUAAAAGUACAGGAUAUCUGUCGGGGAGCCAUGAAUAUUCUUGGAUAUCGAUUAGUCCAGUCUGAACGUGAACAGAAACUAUCAUCUCUGGAUCUUGUCUUACCACUGAGAGAAUACAAAUUCAGCUGGUUGAGUUCUGCUGAAGACCCAUCUUAAAUCAUGGAUGAUUUUUGGACAUCAAAGAACUUAUUUUAUAUUGUGAUUGACUGCUGUCUUUGAUUUAAAAAACCCUUCUGAAUCUUGUAUGAAGUGCACAAGGAUUGCUGGAUCUUUACAUAAAAACUUUUGAACUGUCAUUGCAACAUUGCCACUGGCAUAAAACAUAUGCCAGAUCUUUCCAUGAUAUUUUAUCUUUUGUGAUAAAUUAAAUUGGUUUCAUAUUUAGCACUAUAGUUAGAAGAUAUGUACAUUAAAAGAUGUAAUUAAUGCCAUACUUAGCAGUUACUUUUGCAGUGGGACUAUUUAAUUCCUGGGAGGUCAGUGCAUCUGUGAUAAAUUCUUUUAAAUAUGUUAUAUUUUAGUUUAAUGAGGACAAAUUAUUCAUUUUAAUUUUGGGUGAUAUGGGCCAGGAAGUAAAGAAAAAAGACGAUCCCAUUGGUGUUGCAUGGAUUGUUCUAGAUAAUGAGGUAAACUGUAUUUCUGGCAAAAGUGGACACAUGGAAAUGGGUGGAACAUUCACCAGAAUAUUUUAUGCAUAAAAUGAAUGGGCAGAACAUUGUGAGAAAUGCAAAAGUGCUUUCCCAUUGUGUACAUCCAACUGAAAAAUGUCAGUUAGUUAUAUAUUUUACUUUAAACUUUACAUUUAUAAAGGGUUUUAUUUUCAAGUAAAGUGUGUGCUGAAACAUCAGAAGCAUUACAAGACAACUGGCAACAAUUCAGAAGAAAAAGCUUUAUUGUUUGAUUAUUCUUUUUGAUGUAAUCACAAUAAGGCACCAAGCUCAGAACAACAGGUCAUAUUUCUAUUUUGGGUAGCCAAUGGAAAUUGAAUAAACUCUCAAAUUGACACAGCACAAUCAAAGUAAAUCUUUCUCUACUUUGUCCAAAAAUGAGCUUUCAUCUAUUUUUGGAAGAAAAAUAGAUUAUGAUGUUACUUCUGUUUUUCAUACCCAUCAUUCUUAUUGAUUAUCAAAAUUGAAUAGCAACAGAAAUCUUGACAUUAUCCUUUCCAUUGGCUAUACUGUACUGGUCAAAUUGUUUUAGAUCUAAUUGGUGCAGGUUCAUGAGAGAAUUUAAUUUGUUCAGCUCUUUACAUUAAGUUGAACACUAAUUGUUCACUGGGUUUUCCCACAUCUCUGUACACAGCCAGUUAUGUGUACUUGCUGAAGCAUAUACACCCACAUAAUGGGUAAAUUGUUGAGUUCUUGAUUUAUGAUAGUAUUGUAGUCACUUGGUACCAGUGUUUCUACAAUGUUUGCACUCAGAAUUCAGA